GGAUACCAUCACCGAGAACCGAGGGACAGCGUAGUAAACCCCAUCGAAGCCGGCGUGCAUGUAAAAGACGGUCCUUGCGCUUUGUUAUCUACCUCGCCCUAUCCACUCACGGCUUGCAGCUCUGAGUUGGUAUUCUUUCGUGUCGGCCAUUGGCGCAAAGAUUUGACACUGUCCUAAAUUCCAUCUUAUUUUGGUUGCAGUUGUCAGCGCUGCGGUAACGGAAGCUCAAACAACACCCAUCCCAGCUCACAAGCGCCCCGCUGUCGGCGUCGUCGCUGCUUUGAUCGACAUCACUCCAUCCAGGACAUUCUCAACUCCCGUCCUUGCCAGCAGGAUCUCAGACACGGGUACACGCACCGAGCCACCAGCUUGACUGGUGAUCGCCGCAGACAACUCCCGCAAACAGCACUGUCCUUGGCGCAUGCUGCAUAACAUUCUGCGGGGUGUCUUUGCGCAUCUUGGAAAGCCGCCUCUCAUUGUGCGCCGGGCUUCUUCUCGUUCCACCGUUAUCUUGGAAGCGUGGCGGGAUUUCUAGCUUAGUGGUGGCCAUGGCAGACCAGCUCGACCCUGUUGUCGCCCCUGAGAAGGAGGGCGCUGCUGAAACCACAACUGCCCCUGCCGAGCCUGCAGCUUUGUCUGUCGCGGCUGAAGAUUCCAAGCCUCAGGAGACUGCAGAUGUUGCGCCCGUCACUGCUGCAAUCGGGAAUCGCACAGCUGGGGAGCCUACUCCAGUUGUUCCCGCGGCCGGAGAGUCAAUGCCUCAGGAGGCUGCAAAGGCGGCGCCAGUCACUGCUGUGGCCGAGGAUCCCAAAGCUGAGGAGCCUACUCCGGCCAUUGCCGCGGCCGGAGAGCCAAAGCCUCAGGAGGUCGCAGAGACCGCCCCCGGCGGUGUUGCAAGUGGAGAAACGAAACCCCAAGAGACGUCACUUGCUGCUGGGGCUGCCGAGGCCGCGGAGUCAGAGGAGUACAUCGAGGACAUCCCUGACCCUGACGAAGAUGACCUGGACGAUUUAGAUGACAUGCUGGAGGAGUUUUCGGCUGCGAAGAUCGACCCCAAGGCCAAGAGCCCAGCAGCCGCUCCCCCUGGCCCAAGCAUACCAAAGCCCGCUCCGCCGGCGGCAACAGUCGAGGAUGGCUUCUCGGAGGAGGAGUUUGCCAAGCAGCUCCAAGCUGGCAUGGCUGACCUGCUGGGAGAGAUGGAAACCUCGCCGGAGAUGAAAGCCCAGUUUGAGCAGUUUGAGAGCAUAUUCAAGGAGCUGGGGGCAGCCGACGUAGCCGCCGAGUCGCAGCCACCUUCCGGCGCCGGCGCCGCGCCAAGUCAAGGGGCAAAGGGCGCCGGCGGCCCUGGCUCCACGUUCCAGGACAACAUCCGCCGGACCAUGGAGCGGAUACAGGCCUCGGGGGAGUCGGCGACGGCGGCCGCCACGGCAGACUCCCAGUCGGCCGACGACCUGCUGGCCGAGAUGCUCAAGUCCAUGAACAGCGGCCAGGGCGGGCUGGGCGAGGGCGGCGAGGAGGACUUCUCCAAGAUGCUGCUCGGCAUGAUGGAGCAGCUGACCAACAAGGAGAUCCUCUACGAGCCCAUGAAGGAGCUCAGCGACAAGUACCCAGAGUGGCUCGAGAAGAACAAGGGGACCAUCUCGGCCGAGGACCUGGCCAGGUACAAGGUGCAGCAGCGCCUAGCGGGGGAGAUCGUCGCCAAGUUCGAGGAGAAGUCGUACGCGGACUCGAACGCCGCCGACCGCGAGUACAUCGUCGACAGGAUGCAAAAGAUGCAAGCCGAGGGGUCGCCGCCGUCCGACCUUGUUGGUGACAUGCCGUCCGCGCAGGAAGCACUGGGAGGACCGGACGAGGAAGCGUGCAACCCACAGUGACAGAUGUUUGCACGGUACACGGCAGCGACUUGAACAAGAGCGUUUGUUUGUAUAUAGAAGCCUCUCACUGAUAAUUUGCAGCUUUUUUUUUUUUCUCAUGCAGCGCUCACUGCUAUCUUGUUUCUACAUGGCCAUCUUUUCCUAGAUGCUCUCCUAUACCCUGACACCCAACAUUGUAAGUGAUACAAGUCUGCCUAUCCGAGGCAUGUAAUGCAUAUAUCCGAG